CUCCAGUGGACGGGCACAUUAUGUCAUGACAGCCGGGCUGGGCAUAAGGGAGUUCCGUCGGACGCCGUGUCCUGCGACAAGGUGGUUGCAGUGUGUUCAGGUGGGUGGUGGGAGGUGGCGUGUUGACUGUUUGAAAUGAUGAUGUGGUAGGGGUUCAAAGGUCGCCUUGCUUCGACGAGCAAUAGAUCCCAGGCGAGGUACCCAACCUGGAGCCAUGCCAUCCUCAAGUUCUUCAGUGGCUUCACCACACAAGUACGUGUCCGGCACGACCUUUCGAGGAGGAUCAAAACGAUCAACACAAGGCUUGAGAGCAUCGUCGAGAACAAGGGAAAGUACAAAAUCGAAGAUGGAAGUGACACCAUGUCAAUCACCACUUGGAGACCAUCCAGUGCCAUAUCAUCUACUGCUGAAAAGCUGGAUGAUUUUGUGCUACCUUUGGUGGGACGAGAGGCCCAGCUAGCAGAUCUGGGAUCUGCACUUAUUUCAGAUGAAACUAAGCGCCCAAUGGUGAUCUCUGUGACAGGAAAGAGUGGUGUCGGCAAAACAAAGCUUGUGAAGGAGAGAUACGAGAAGUCCUCUACCAAGCGUUAUUUUGAAGUGAAGGCAUGGGUGACAUGUGCACCCAAUCUCAGUGCCUCCAACAUCAUGAAGCUAAUCCUUCUACGUUUGGUAGAGGGCCCACUUAGGUGCCCCAAAGAGAAACUUGGGGAAAUGUUGCGGAAGGAAUUGGAAAAUCACAGGUACCUGUUGGUUAUAGAUGGUGAAGUUAAUAGCACGGAGUGGAGCUACAUGCUUGACUUCCUCCCAACAGACAUAGCCGAGAGCAGAGUUGUGAGAAUCACACAGGCGACCAAUCUAGAACCACCACCUGCCUCCUUUGAACCAAAGGACAUUGCGCUUGAUCACUUUGAAGAACAAAACACAAGUGUCAAUUUGUUCCUGGCAACACUCUUCAUGGACGACAAAGAGAAGCACUGUGGCAGUGUGAUCGAGGAAGCUGUCAAAGGAAAGCACGCUCAGUUCAUCUUCAACGUCACUGGUGGCCUGCCACUGGCAAUUGUGCUCUUGUCCGGCCUUCUGCGGACGAAGGAGUACCCUGGUGAAUGGGAAAAAGUGUUUAAGCACCUCGAGGGAAAGUCCAGUGAAUCAAAGCGGCUGGACAACAUAUUGUCCAUGUGCUUUGACGACCUCCCACAUGACCUCAAAUCUUGCUUCCUCUACUUUGCCGGCUUCCCGGCGAGCACACUUGUGAAGGCACGUUCCCUAGUGUGCAAGUGGAUGGCGGAGGGGUUCCUGAGACCAAAAGAGGGCAAGACAAUGGAGAAGGUGGGCGAGCGCUACUUGCACGAGCUGAUCCAUCGGCGACUCAUGAACCUUCCACCACUGGAGAAUGCUGCUCCUGGGGACGAGCGUGUGACAGUACAAACCAAAGUCCAUGACUUCCUGGUUCUUGAGGCACAAGAGGCAAACUUUGUCGAGAUCCACCACGGCGAUGAUCUCCCCACACUAUCCACUGCUCGCCGCCUUUCCCUGCAGAACCACACGGACAAGUAUGCUGCUCUCGCUGACCCUUUGCCCAAGCUGCGGUCCAUCAUGUCCAACUUCGAGAAAGAAGAACCCCAAGGCAGCGCAGAAACCAGGGAAGAUAGCAGCAGGACUCAUGAUGGAGCCGCAUGCAGCCCCUUCUCCAGAAAGGCCGACUCUAGCGAGGUCAUGCGGAAACUCUUGAAAGGAUCUCGGUUCCUCCGUGUCAUCUACCUGGACGGCCUUGAGAUCGGCAACAAGCUUCCCUCUGAAAUUGGGAGCGUGGUGCACUUGCACUACCUUGGCAUCACCUCAUGCUCCCUUGGCGAGAUACCAGCCUCGGUUGGGAAGCUCACACGUCUCCAGACACUAGACGUCCGAGGCACGGAUGUCACCAGACUUCCAUCGGAGUUUUGGAAGAUUCGGACCCUGCGGCAUGUGUUUGGAUCAAUCGUCUUGCCUAGGCGAGUCGGCAACUUGGAGCAGCUGCAGACACUGCAGGCCGUAAAGCCCGACGAUGAUGGUGGCAGCUGGGACUCAACAACCUUUGCCAGCAUGAAGCGCCUUCAGUCCUUGUACAUCUCGGGCCUCACCGCUCGAAAUGCGCAUGCCUUGGUGCCUGUCUAUGCGCUCAAGUACCUCGUGCUCCUAAGUAUUAGCGGUGAUGAAAUUUCCUUGGAUUUGUUUGCUCGCUCCAACUAUACGCGUCUCCAGGUAAUGGUUUUGAAGGGGAAGACUUUGUCACCUUCAGAUUGGAGUAAGCGAUUUUACUUCCCAAGCCUGACAAAGCUGUCUCUGAAGAAUACCAAGGUGUCGCAAGAAUUCAUCAACAAACUAAGUGAGCUGCCUCUUCUGGCCUCUCUAGCUCUGUUCCGUGAGUCCUUGGAGGGGAAAUGUCUCUCCUUAACCGAUGGGUUUCAGAGUCUGAAGGAACUGAAGCUGGACGUGGACGUGCUGGAAAUUAUUAUUAUGGGUCAAGCGUGCCCCAAUCUAGAGAAAAUGGAGCUUUCCAUCUACUCUUGGGAUCUUAAUCUCCAGGUCAGGCCCGAAAUUGCGGACAUUAUCAGGCUUCAAGAUAAAUUUCUCUACGCUAAUGUGAAAAGAAGCAAGGCAUUACAGUUACUAUGAAGAUUGAAGCUCAUACCAAAGAUCAACUGCGAGGUUUAUACUGUACUAUGUGCAAUAUUCGUACACCAUGAUAUAUGUUAAUGUGUGAUGUAGUAUAAGCUUGAUAGUGUUAUUUGUGUGUAUUUAUUCAAUGCUUGUGUGUGUGCGCCUUAAGUGUGCGAGAGAAAUGAUUGUAUAUAAGUAUUAAAUGUGGAGUAUUCUCGAGUCACCAUUUCCAGCAUGUAAUG